AAAACGCAACAAAAGAACAAACAAAAACUUGAAAAAAAAAAUAAUUAAAAGAAACAGAAAACCUGUCUGGGAUUCGCCUUUUGUCUUCCCAGAUUCUUGGAACAGAAAAGGCGCCGAUCUUUGGACAAUCUCUGUCGGAAAGGAGGAGAUCCACAAAAGAAGAAGAAACAAAGGAAAUCCAGCAAAGAAGUCAAUAUACAUAAAAUCGUAUUCGACAAAAAUAUUAUGGGAGCGUAUAGAGCAGAAGACGAUUACGAUUACCUAUUCAAGGUGGUAUUGACGGGCGAUUCAGGCGUCGGAAAAUCGAACCUUCUAUCUCGUUUCACUCGAAACGAUUUCAGCAACGAUUCUCGUUCCACCAUUGGCGUGGAAUUCGCCACUCGUAGCAUCCAAGUCGACGACAAGAUCGUCAAGGCUCAGAUUUGGGACACUGCAGGUCAAGAAAGGUAUCGAGCCAUCACGAGCGCUUACUACAGAGGAGCCGUAGGGGCAUUGCUCGUGUACGACGUGACCAGACACGUCACGUUCGAGAACGUGGAGAGAUGGCUGAAGGAGCUUAGGGACCAUACCGACGCGAACAUCGUCAUCAUGCUCGUCGGCAACAAAGCCGAUCUCCGUCACCUCCGCGCCAUCUCGACGGAAGAGGCCAAGUCAUUUGCCGAGAGAGAGAACACUUUUUUCAUGGAGACUUCCGCCCUCGAGGCAGUGAACGUAGACAACGCUUUCACCGAGGUUCUAACUCAGAUCUACCGGGUCGUUAGCAAGAAAGCUCUUGAAGCUGGCGAUGAUCCGACAACUGCUUUGCCUAAAGGGCAGAUGAUUAAUGUUGGAAGCCGAGACGAUGUCUCCGCCGUCAAGAAAACUGGCUGCUGUUCUGCGUAAUAGUCUCUCUCUCCCUCUCCCUCUCCCUUCCGAUCUCUGCUCUGUGUAUUUUGAAUUAUUGAAUGCAUGCGAUUUGUAAGUGU